AAGGAGGGAUGAUGGCGGGAGGAUGGAGGGAGGAGGAGGAGGAGGAGCAGUUGGGUGUUGCCUCCUCUCCCUCCCUCCCUCCUUCACCAGCCCCAGCCAGCCUCAGUCCGGACCCGCACCGCCUCACCGUUUCUCCGCUCUGCUCUGCCUCGUGUCUCGGACCACCAUGGGAGUCGACGGCUGCACCAAAUGUAUCAAGUACAUGCUCUUCUUCUUCAACUUCGUCUUCUGGCUUGCAGGAGGUGUAAUCCUGGGCGUGGCCCUGUGGUUGAGACACGACAACAAGAUCAGCAGCCUGCUGGACGUUGAACUAGAUGGAAGUCAACCCCCCAACACCUUCUACAUCAGUGUCCACAUCCUGAUUGCAGUCGGCUCCGUCAUGAUGGUGGUCGGGUUCCUCGGAUGCUACGGCGCCAUUCAGGAGUCUCAGUGCUUGCUAGGAACCUUCUUCGCCUGCCUGGUGAUCCUGUUUGCCUGUGAAGUCGCAGCUGGGAUCUGGGGUUACAUGCACAAAGACACUGUUUCAAAGGAGAUGAUUGCCUUCUAUGAUAAUGUGUACGACCAGGCCAUGACAGAAACGCUCACCAACCAGGACCGCAAGACGGCUAUAGCCAACGUCCUCAAGGUCUUCCACGAGACGCUCAACUGCUGUGGGAAAGGUCUGGGGACGUCGUUUUUCACGCAGCUGUCGGACCGGCUGGGGGUGACCAACGUCUGCCCCAGCCAGCAGUACUCGAUCAGCUGCCACAGCCGGAUCAGUGAACUGUUCUCAGAUAAGAUUUACCUGAUUGGCAUCGCUGCUCUGAUCGUUGCAGUCAUCAUGAUCUUUGAGAUGAUCUUCAGCAUGGUGUUGUGCUGCGGGAUCCGCAACAGCCCCGUGUACUAAAACCAGCCGCUCAAAGUGAUGGAAGAAUGGCCACACAGUCACAUCUCUUUACUUUUCUUUUAUACCCAGGAAAUAUCACGUGUAGUGCUUGCUGGAUUUAGUCAGCUCUUUAAGACAAUGUAAACCGUCCUCCAUUCAAACUUUCUUACACUGUUGAUUAUUAUGUUAUUGUAUUUUAGUUGCAGAUGCUGUCACUUGUAUCACGUCAGCACCUCUUUUGUUGUUUUUUUGACAUGAUAUGUAGAUAUCAUUGUGUCACUCGUCAGUUACACGCCCCACCGAGGUGCCGUCAUCUCUGAGUGACUUUUGUUGGGUUUUUGCUGCCUCUUUGUCUAAAAACAUGCUCUUACAUUCUCUGUUUAAUGGGUUUUAUUUCACUGUUUUAUGUAUAAACUGUAUAUAAAUAUAUGUGGACAGAGCUUUACGUCUGCCUGAGCAUGGAUAUUGUAUUACAUGAGACCCGUCUGCGGUAUUUCCUGCGCUCUGCUUGUCUUGCUACCAGAUGGCGGUGUGUGUGACGGCAGCGGCGAUGCCUCGGCCAGCGGCGAUGCCUCGGCCAGCAGCGAUGCCUCGGCCAGCAGCAAUGCCUGGGCCAGCGGGGCAGGGGUGUAUCCCAGAGAGCAGGCUGACAUCAGUCACACCGGCUUUUUCCAUGAGCUUUCUGCCCCCAGGGACUCAAACACUGGCUCCGUUACCACGGUAACUGAUUCCGUGCAGCUUCUCCCUCAGUCUUUCCCUCAUUUGAGGCUGAAAUCAUUCACGUCGCCUUAAUAUCAUGGAAGUGCUCCCUUUUUUUUUUUGGAGCUGAGCCGUCAUUUGUCUUAACACCAUUCUCAGAUCUCAGAUAACUCCGCGUGAUCACAGCCGACCGUCCGUGACGCUCUUUUGUUUGUUGUUUCUGGAGUUUCGUGUGUGACAUCGGUGCCCAAGAACGCAGAAAGAAGCUCCAAUCCGUCGUCUCAGCGGCUGCUGCAAGCAAGGCUCGAUUGAUUGAUUGAUCGCUGGCCGCUUGUAGCCGUUAAACACACUUAAGAUGACCGAUUAGCUGGAACUGGAGCGGGGUUAAAGUCAGAUGCGGUCUGGAAUGGGUCCCUCACUCCUGGCUCCGUGCGGUCACCGUUUGCUCCGUUGGUCUCACCCCGUUGACCUCUGUGCAUGUGCCUGUGGAGGCCAAGUGUUUAACGUGUUGGUUAUCUAUGCAUCCAUGUGUUUUCCCCAACAAAUGUGUGAAGCUUGAUUGUCCUGAUUGUCCCUGGUCGGUCAGGGUUUUUGGGAUUCCCAGUUAAAUGUAACAGCAGGCGGAGCCCUGAUGUAUGAAUCUGGGUUUCUUUGAAUGAUGGAGUCCAUUCCUGUUGUUUCCAACGUCCUCGUGUCAUGGCCAUCGUCCCGGCCCUCCAGCGCCUGUCGAGGGCCACAGAAGCCAGACUGGUCUGAACGGCCCGGUACAGCCGUCCGUCUAACUCCUGUAACAUCUGCAUAGUUUCCUUAGAUGCAGCUCUGGCUCCUACGAACACAGUGAUGGCGAGUUUACGUCCAGUCGUGUUUUUAUUCCCCCGUCUGUGUGAUGUCCAGUUGUUCUCAGCGUACACACUGCACUAGCACAGCCCUCCAGCCCUCCAGCCCCCACCCCGGACUCAGAAACCCCUUCAUGCCAAAUAAUAGCAUCAUUGUAACUCCCACAUAAUAUAAUCUUAGCUUUUAAACUUUUGCCUUGUUAGCAGUUCACACUUGAGCUGAGAAGAGGUCCGAGUGUGUCAUACAGCUCUAAUGUAUUGUACUAAUGAAAAUAAUGAAGGUUGUAGAAAAAACGUAUGCCUUUUUUCUCUUUGUAUUGUGAUAUCUCUGUCUGGUACGUCAAGCAAGUCUGGAGAGGGGGGCAGAUUUUGUGGCAGCGUCAACAGAGGAGGACGGGGGUCAAACUUGAUCACGUUGGCCAAUUUGUCCAUGGCUCAGGUGGUGAAAUGUUACUGCUCCUAUGAAAAGAUGAAGGCACUUAGUCCUCCGACCCGACUGCCACAUUAACACCAACCCCUCUCUACCCUUGUAGACUUCGGUUUGCCCAAAUAUAAAGGGAUUAAAUGUAUUUUACAAAUAA